CUCCUUCUCUCUCCCCCUCCCUCUCAGAAUCCCCUGUCUCUUUCUUUCUCUCUCUAACUCUCUCUCUCUCUCUCUAAGCUGCGUGAUGUUCGCUUUCUAGCACUGCGGAUCCGAAUGUGAAAACCCAACUGUGAUGAGAUGGCUAACAGAUCAUUCAUGCCCCAGCACGCGUUAUACCUCGAUUCAUCUCUGUAAAUGUCCCUUUAAUGAAGCCUCCUUGGUUGAUUCAGUUUUUUCUGGUGAUAUAAAUUAAAUUACAAAUUUCCACGGUUGAAUGCGAGUUAUGGAGAUUGUUGAGAUUGAAGAAAAUCUAUUUGCAAUUGGUGAUGCAAAGUUACAUGGAAGAAUGUGCAAGACACUGUCUGCAAUUUAUUGCAAAGUGCUAGGAAUUUUCCCUAAUCUGGAAGCAGCACGGCCUAGUAGCACAACAGGUAUUCGGGCAUUAUGUUCUCUGCACAUAGCGCUUGAGAAGACCAAGAAUAUUCUUCAGCAUUGCUCCGGAUGUAGUAAACUCUACUUGGCUAUAACUGGGGACUCUGUUGUUUUAAAAUUUGAGAAGGCAAGAUGUUCUCUUGAAGAUGGUCUUAGGCGGGUCAAUGAUAUUGUUCCACAAGCUAUUGGUUGUCAGAUUUCAGAAAUUUUAAGUGAACUUGAGGGGAUCGAGUUCUCACUUGAUCCGUUGGAGAAGCAAAUUGGUGAUGAUAUAAUUGUACUGCUACAGCAAGGGAGGAAAUUCAACAAGAACUGUAAUGACAACAAUGAGCUUGAAUCUUUUCACCAAGCUUCUUCUAGACUUGGCAUCACAUCUUCGAGAGCAGCUCUUACAGAGAGAAGAGCUCUGAAGAAACUGAUAGAAAGAGCUCGGAUCGAGGAAGACAAGAGAAAAGAGUCAAUCGUGGCUUAUCUUUUACAUCUCAUGAGGAAAUACUCUAAGGUAUUCAGAAGCGACUUUGCAGAUGACAAUGAUUCGCAGGGUUCAACACCUUGUUCCCCUACUGUUCAGGGCUCUUUCGAAGACGGUGGACCUGGGAUCAAUGGUCAUUCCUUUGAGCGACAACUCUCAAAACUCAGUUCCUUCAAUUUCAAGCCAAACUUCAGGAGGUCAGGGCAGAUGGCCAUCCCUCCUGAAGAGCUGAGGUGUCCAAUAUCGUUGCAGCUCAUGUACGACCCGGUUAUCAUAGCUUCAGGGCAAACAUAUGAAAGGAUUUGUAUUGAAAAAUGGUUUAGUGACAGUCACAACACGUGCCCAAAGACUCAGCAGCAUCUCUCACAUCUUUCUUUGACGCCUAACUACUGCGUUAGAGGUCUUGUUGCUAGUUGGUGUGAACAGAAUGGAGUUCCUGUUCCCGAUGGUCCCCCAGAGUCUCUUGAUCUCAACUACUGGAGGCUUGUAUUGUCUGAGAGCGAGUCUGCAAAUUCAAAAUCAAUUAACAGUAUUGGCUCCUACAAGAUGAAAGGUGUAAAGGUGGUUCCUCUGGAAGAGAGUUGCAUAAUUGAGGAGGCUGAAGUGGAAGACGUGCCCGAACAAGAGGAAGACUUUGAGCCUAAUGUUCUUGAAGGAUAUAAUGAGCUUUUGAUGAUCUUGGACAAAGAGGAAGACUUGAGGAAAAAGUGCCGAGUUGUGGAAAAGAUAAGGCAUUUGCUUAAGGAUGAUGAGGAAGCUAGGAUCUGUAUGGGGGCUAAUGGGUUUGUUGAAGCACUGUUGCGGUUUCUAGAGCGUGCUGUGCAGGAAAGGCAUGAAACGGCUCAGGAAAUUGGGGCUAUGGCUCUCUUCAAUCUUGCAGUUAACAAUAACAGAAACAAGGAAAUCAUGCUGACAGGAGUUCUUCCAUUGCUGGAGAAAAUGAUAGCAAAAUCCUACUCUCACGGAUCAGCAACUGCACUUUACCUGAAUCUUUCCUGCCUCGAUGAAGCCAAACCCAUCAUCGGUGUAAGCGAGGCUGUCCCUUUCCUAAUCAAAGUUCUUCAAGCCGAAACCGAUCCCCAGUGCAAGAUUGACGCCCUCCAUGCCCUCUUCAAUCUCUCCACACAUUCCCCCAAUAUCCCAUACCUUCUCUCAAAAGGCAUCAUAAACGGUCUGCUAUCCCUGGUUUCCGACUCAGGUGACCACCACACAUGGACCGAAAAAUGCAUAGCUGUCUUCAUAAACUUAGCUUCGAAUAAAUCAGCAAGAGACGAAAUGAUAUCUGCCACGGGCCUAAUUAGUGGGCUCGCGAUGAUAUUGGAUGUUGGUGAACCUGUUGAGCAAGAGCAAGCGGCAGCUUGUCUUCUGAUUUUAUGCAACGGUAAUGAGAAAUGCAGCCAAAUGGUCCUCCAAGAAGGGGUGAUACCUUCAUUGGUGUCGAUUUCCGUGAAUGGGACUAUGAGAGGGAAAUCAAAAGCUCAAAAACUUUUGUUACUGUUCCGGGAACAGCGCCAACGUGAUCCGUCACCGAAUCAGACUCAUCAGAUGCCGGAAAAUAGUGAUAUGGACAUGCCCGGAACGGAAUCGAAACCGCUAUCGAAGUCGAUCUCGAGAAGAAAGGUGGGGAGGGCAUGGAGUUUUUGGUGUAAGAACAAGAGCUUCUCGGUAUACCAGUGUUGAGUUUCUAUCGUGUUGCAGUUUAGACAGUGUUGUAAAUCUGUUGUAUCUCCUUUUAUAUAUAUAAUUUUUAAUUAUUAGCAGAGAAGAAGAGUUGUACAGGCCCUUGUAACCCUUGGAUCUUUUUGCUCUCUCUCCUGCCUGUCUUAUGAGUAGAGGUUUUCACAUGUAUUUUAUCUGCACCUUAUAAUUCAAGGCUUAGAUCCACAUUUUGAGGCAAAUCCAGUAGAAGUAAUUUGAUUGCAUUA